AUGCAAGAGCACCAGCCGCCCGAAAUCAUCGGCAACCACAAGGUGCAGCAAGUCACGGCGGAAAAGGCAGCAACGCAAGUUUCUCCUCAUCGUUUGCAGCAUCCUGGCACAAUUUUGGAAGCUGGCGGCAAUAUCGACGCCUCGGCGUUCACACACGUUCAUCCAUGUCACCAGCCCAGUGGUGCUGCCACGCCUAUCGGCGCGUUGGUAGCGCACGUUGCCGUCUCGUCAACAGCAAAGCCUACCACCGGCCAAUCGCCAGUCAUACCCUCAAGUCCUCUUGCCUGUGCAGGAACAGCGGGCCUUGCACCGUUCAACCCACUUGGGCCUUACAGUCCAUUUACACAGCGAUCCCCUAUCCGGGCACAUCAAGCCGAUUCGUUGCCGGAAACAUCAGUUGCAGGCAUCCAGCCCACCAGCGCAUCAUCGGAAAAUGGAUUCUCUAUGCCAUCCGUACGCGUGCCGGCGUACAACCCUUUCCAGCAGGCCAACAACAGCCUCAUCAACAACAUCGACUCCUUGUACAAGUCCAGCACAGAUACCGCAUCAGCCAUCAUGCCAACGACGACAACAUCUCUAGCAACACGGCUCAAUCCGUUCCCCACCAGCAUACCCGCAGCCUACAGCCCCUUGCAGUUACAGCAGCAGCAACAACAACAAAACAGCAUUGGGCCAAUGAUGGCGGCGACCCAAAUGUCCAUCACAUCCCUAACCCAUCCCUCCUCAUGCUCAACUGUCCACGAAUCAGCCGCACCUACAAUCACUACUACUACUGCUACCAACACCGCCGCCAACGAAAGCCGAACGUAUCCGGAAGCGCCCAACCGCGCACAAGGCGCAACAACCGUCACUGCCCCACUGACCCCGGCAACACCCGAUGCAAUCCCCAUGAACUGCCCAGCUCCAAUCAUACCAAUCAUACCAAUGCCUCAACCGGUGACACUGUCAGAAUGCAACAGCAGCAGCAGCAACAGUCCUCGUCAAGUCACAGCCUCAGCCGCGACACCCACUGCAGCACCCGCCGGCCAGGAAAUUCCUCAGCGGCCCACAUUGCCGCGUCCCGCGCCGCUAUCCAACCUGGCAGCUGCAGCACCCGCUUUUGGUGCAUCCGCACUUCCGUCGCCGCCGACUGACCGAGACCACCAGCUAGCGGUAACCACGACGGUGGCGGCGGCGGCGGCCGCUAUCGCGGUCGCAGAGCCAGCCGCCGCUGUCCCUGGCACGUCGCCGCAGCCGUCCCUGGCCGAUCCACCGCAGCUCCCGACGCUCCUGCUGCGGGUGCAGCCCCUGGACGGCUCCCAACUGCACCAGCGACAGCAGCAGCAAGGCCUGGCUUUCCUAGCUGCGGCAUCGGCCCAGGGGGUGACGCUGCACCCUCAUCCACAGCAUGCAACGGAGCAGCAGCAGCAGCAGCUUCAGCAGGAUGCUGGGGAGCCGCUUGAACCGGAAUUCAAUGAGCUUCAAAGGCGGGUGGAGUUCCUCAUGGAGAUGGUAGGUGGAUGUGCUGAUGCGUCCACGUGCCGGGAUGUGCUGGCCCAGGUAGACGGGGACAUGGAGCGCGCGUCGCACAUCAUGGUCGAGUUGUACUGCGGGGGUGCUGGCGGGGGCGUCGGCGCUCUUGCGUCGGCGCCAGCUUACGGCGUAUUGAACGAGCACCCCCUUGGUGGCCUCCACGCGGCCGGCGGCGGCGGCAGCGGCGGCACCGCUGUCGCUGGGCCAUCUUCCAGCGGGCCUGCUAGUUUCGGAUUCCCUGGUGCUAGCGGCAUGGAGGAGGAGGAGGAGGAGGAGGUGGAGGCUGCCAGCAGCCGACCUGGCGAGAUGUACAAUGCUUGCGGUUACUUUGACGAGGAGGAUGUCUCGCCAGCAGGCAAGUCUUGUUAUCCGCAGGGGUACUCGAGACACCUCCAGCAGCAGCAGCAGCAGCAGCAGGAAGAUUACUGGGAGCAUUGGGACCAGCAAGGGCGGUCUGUCCUGGAUGGCGCGGCCAGCUCCUGGGACGGGGUAGCUGCCGCGGCGGCUGUAGCCACGGCAAGCGGCUCCCACCGCGGCCGUGACGGCGCAGUUGGGACGUGGGAGGAAUGCAAUUGCUCCUCCGACCCGUGGGUUACGACAGGCAACGUGUACGACACAGUCGAUGGCGGCGGCGGCUGCGGCGGCGGCGGCGCUGAUGCGUGCGGAACUCUGGUGGUGGAUGCGCCGCGUUUCGACGCUCCGGAGGGGGAGGGGGAGGAGGCUGCAGGAGGUGAUCUGGGGCGCAGUCUGGAGACCGUCAUGGGCCAGGCGGCGCACCAGUACCAGCACCAGCACCACCAGUGGCAGCAGCAGCAGCAGGGCCGGGGGCCCGAGGCUGGUGCGGCCACUGAGGAGAAGAUGGAGGAGCUGCGCAUCUACUUUCCCAACCUGAGUGAAGACACUUUGCGGACACAUCUGGUGUUCUUCAACGGCGAUGUGCAGCAGGCGCUGCAGCUGCUCAGUGAGUUACACGAGGACGAGAUCUACCGCAGAAUCGAAAUGGAGCGCCAGGCAGAGUCGGACGCGGCACUGGCCAGGAGGCUGGCGGAGAGUGCCAGCAGCCCGGGUACCCGCGAUGUGGUCGCCGGGGGGUAUUACUCCUUGUUGGGGAGGGGGGAGACAGCGGGCCCCGAGGAGGAAGAGGCGGAGCAACAGCAGCAGCUUCAACAGCAGGUGCGUUGCAUGGCCGUUUCCGGUAGCGCUGGUGCAUUGGAAGCGAAUCCGCUGGCCGGCGCCGCCGCGGCCGCCGCCGCAGCAGCAGCAGCAUCAGCAGCCGGGGCAUCCGAAAUGGGCGGCGGUGCCGGUUGUUCUGGUGAUGUGCGGGGGCCGUCCGGGGGGCACUGGGGUCUCAAGCUGCUGGUGCGCAUGUUCGGCGGAGGGGAGGUCGACGAGGAGCUGCUGGCGGAGGUGCUGGAGAACCAAGGGGGGGAUGUGGAGGCCGCACGUUCUGCCCUGCGGGGUAUGGGACUGGUUGAGAACCAGAUGCAGUCACAGGUGAAGCAGACGAAGCAGUUGCCGGGCUCAACCCCGGCGCGCGCUGAGCUAGGGGACCCAGGUGACAGCGACCCCUGGUUCUGGAGCGGCGAAACCGCCAUAUCCACGACGGCUGCGGGGGCAGGGCCCUCCUCGUCGUCGUCGUCGUUGGUGACUCCAGCCGAGCUGGGGGCACCGUUGGGCAGCCACCGCUGUCCCUCCUGGCAAGAGCGCGGCGAUUACGGCGGCUGUGGCCUGACAGGAUGCCUGCCUCGUACGGGGAGCUUCAGCAGCAGUGAAGCGUUUCAGAGCUCCUCUGUGGCCAUCCAGAACCAGAAACAGCAGCAGCAGCAGCAGCAGCCGGGCACGUCAGGGAGUGCGUCGUUUGGCAGGCACGGUGGCGGAGGUGGCGGAGGUGUGAGUGAGGUCCAUCCCCCCCAGCCCCCGCAGCCUCUGGGGCCCAUCCGGAUUUUGGCGAGUCUGGGAGUGGACUAUCAGGAACUGGGCUUUUCCGAGGAGGCGCUGCGGUGCAUUCGGGUGGCCUUUGACAACUCGGCUCUGCGGGACCUGCUGAUGCUGCAACGGAGCGGCGCCAACUCACUGCCGGAGGCAUGGGGAUGGCGGCGCCCUGGAGGGGCAAUCGGACAGCCGGGUCGCGGCCUCACCCACGAGGAGAAGCAGGCUUUGUGGGCCCAGCAUCGGAAGCUGCCACUAGCCCUCAAGGAGAUGCAGGAAGUGCUGCGACGCGGCGCCCGGGCUGCCAGCGAGGCGCCCGGAUCUAAGCGACUGGGACAGGAGCUCCUUCGGGCG